CUCCAUCCUCCGCCCGUCCAACAACCGCAGUCCCGUGAUAUCUCUCACCAGAUUGGGUUUAGCGCAUAAUACUGGCCAUGCCGACCAAUCCCAAACCUUAACUCUUCCAAACCGACGACGUCCACCAGACAAUUCGAAGGCCUCUCACUCCGUCAUCCCACGACACCCCGUCUCCUCGCACUCCAAAACGCUCACAAUGUUCACGGCCCGCUUCGCCCGGUCUGCUCUGAGAGCGCGGCCUGCCGCUUUCAGACUACCAAUUCAGCAGAGAACCUAUGCGCAAGCCGUGUCUGAUAAGUUACGGCUUUCUCUGGUCUUGCCGCACGAGACUAUCUACAAAUCCGCCGAUGUUGUCCAAGUGAACAUCGCCGCCGAGUCCGGAGACAUGGGUAUUCUCUCUAGCCACGUUCCCAGCAUCGAACAAUUGAGACCCGGUCUCAUCGAGAUCAUCGAGGAGAGCGGACAGACCAAGAAGUUCUUCCUUGCCGGUGGUUUCGCUGUCGUCCAGCCCGACUCCAAUCUCAGCAUCAACGCCGUCGAGGGUUUCGCUCUCGAAGAUUUCAGCGCUGAUGCCGUCAAGUCCCAGAUCGGUGAGGCUCAAAGGAUUGCGGCCGGUUCCGGAAGUGAGCAAGAUAUCGCUGAAGCCAAGGUUGAGUUAGAGGUCCUUGAGAGCCUUCAGGCUGCUAUGAAAUAGACUGGAGUGUACAUAUAUAUUUUCGAUUGACACCGGAACCUCAAUGCUAAGCAUGUAGAAUUAUUAUUCUUCAUUUUUUUAAAUGUGUCUUGUGUGCUAUCAUUAUAUCUUGCUCCAUUGGCCAAAUUUUUGUUGCCAGCUAUCUGUCCGAACAGCGAUUCUAGCCUGCAGGAAACGCUAUUUCCGAAGGAACAAACAGUUAAAGGCAACCAUCAUGUGGAUGGAAUUCAUAAAGGAAUGUAUAAUCAAUUUGCUUCCCAGAUCUGAAAAGCUAUGCCAAAAAGGAAUGUAGAAUUUGUUGCACCAUAUUCAGUCAAUUGUUCCACAACAGAGAAGAAAUAUGGCGCUUUCUGGAAAUAACAAAAUGCAUGAUCCAAAAUAACUCAAUAAA